AUGGAAGCCAAGGGAGCUCUCAGUGGAGCGUUGCUUAAUGGAGGAGCUCUGGUAAACUACAAUGGUAAGUUAGGUUGUGCGGCUAACUCUGAGCAGAAUGAAUGGCGUGUGAUAUUUGAUCGAACAAGUACAAGUUUGAUGCUGUGGGUAGUAGAAGAUGUCGAGAAACAGGAAUGGUCUGAGCGUAUAUACGUAUUGCCUGCUGUGUGGAAGGACGUAGUUGGAGAAAAUGAUAAGUUAAUCUUUGUUGGAGUGACUCGGACAAAUGAGAUUGCGUUCUCGUCGUCCUAUCAAACAAACCCUUAUUACCUUUACUAUCUUAAUCUUGAGAGAAACACUGUUGUAAGAGUUGAAAUCCGAGGAAUGGAUACGUUUAAGUGUUGGGUAUAUUGCACCUCUCUAGACCAUGUAGAGGAUGUGAAGCUCUAUGGCAAGUGUUUAGGUACUUCAUAA